AUGAGACUCCCGCUCUACCUAGUUGUAUCAAUAGCCGGCAUUCAGGCAUAUGGAGGCCAUAUUACCCUUUUCCGGCGCGGAGACUGCCAGCCCUCAUUAGCAAACGAAGGUGGAAGUGUUCUCGAGAUUUCUGCCGAGAACGAAAUUUGGUGCGCCCCGAUCGACGAUGUCUUCCAGUCUGCGGUCUCAUACUACAACACUGGCCUGCCCUGCGAGUUCCGUCUCUACAACAGCCACGUCUGCUCCCUGGACUCCCUCAGUCACACCAUCCGCACGGAGAACCCCACAGGCAAGUGCCUGAGCGCCACGGGCUCGUCCGGGCGGUACAUGGCAGUGACUGCGCUCUGUGGACCUUCGUUUCCGGGUGGCACCAAACGCAAACUAAUCAAUGAGGCGAGAGAGGGUGAGCAGCAUGUACUGUCAUCAGAGGCGCUGACCAACGAGGAGACCACUUCCGAUAUUGACAAACGUGCCGGCUUUGAAUGGUGGCACCGUCUGACCAACUACCUGGGCCAGAGAUUUGUCCGCUUACGCCCCAAUCGACCCGUGAUGAACGACUACGCGGAGACCCACCACAUCCUGACGACGCACACCGCAGAGCUACCGACGGCGAUUCUCACGCCAACCGCAGCGAUGACGAUUGCCCAACAGAUCGUCAACGACAAUUGGGGCAAUACGGGCUGGGCGGCGUACCCAAUCCACCGCGUGGGAACACACAUCAUCUACGUGGAUUUCCUCGGCCAGCGGGUUCACCGCGCUGAUGGUUCCUUCUUCCGGGUGCCUUUGUGGCGGCUGGUCCAGGAGUUGCAGACCGAUCGUAUUCAUCAAAUGUUGAUGGACGGCUUCAUGACGAUGCGGUUGAGUGGUCGGAACACGUACUCCGCUGAAUUCAAGUUCCUCUAUGGCGACGAAGUCUCACUCAUCAUCGAGAUUCAUGUGGAGUAG